UGUCACGUUUAUGUACCUCAUCUCUCAUCCCCUUAUGCCCCUGCAUGUCGGUUGUCGCCCGUCUGACUGGGCAUCGAUACCGCGUUUAGGCCUGCAGUUGCAUGGGCGCAUCGCUCACUCCCCCAUUUGGUAGACAUGGGCCAAGUGCAAGUUGCUAUCCCUGGAACGUUCACAUAGCAAAGCGCUAGCAAAGCGCGAAAGACUGGCUAAAUGGGUUGCCGGAUAAUGUGAGCGGCUAUCUCUAACUGUUCAUUCAUAACCGCGUGUUUCGCAUCUUUCUCGAGGUGGGCUGGAGACUGUCUCUGUUCGAUAUCUCUUUGCGGUGUCUUCAUCUUCCUUCUUUGUUCUCUGAUUCUUCAUUGUCGUGUCUUUUCUCAGCCUAUUGCUUUUCGUACCGUCGAUUUUCUGGCAAAGUUGAAACGGAUCAUCAUACCCAUUUGCUAUCAUGUCUCACGAAACCAAAGACCAGGCGUCUGCCACCGACUUCGAAGUCGAGUCCCAGGACCUGCACUACCAGUCGCAGCUCCGAUCCAUCCGCCUCGUUGACAGCAUCAGGGUCGGCUUGAUGGCCGUCGCUCUGCUGUCCGGUCUCACCAUUCUCGGCACAUCUGGUGAUGCUCUAGCCGUAUACAACACGACCCAUCUCUCGGCCGAUUUCUACCUGCCCCUAUGGCCAGAUCAGUUUGAUCUCCGACCAACCGUGGCUCUGGUGGUCAGUAGCGCCAUCGUGGUGCUGACCAACAUCAUUUCCUUGGUUUUCAGCAAGGUGGAUAUGCUGCGGAACCGGACUCCUGUCCACACGCCGUUGAUGUUUGCCGCCCCCUUCAUUAGCUUCGCCGCUGCCAUGAUUGCCAUGAUCUUUUUCUAUGCGAUCAACGCGUCGACCACAGUCGACAACUUGCAGAGUUGGAGUUGCCGGUGGGAGUCUAUCGGCAUGACGAUGAAGCCGCACUUCGGCACCUUGUGCAGGGAGAGCAAAACGGCACUCUACCUGGGCAUCAUCCUCAUCCCACUCGAGGCUGUUAUCCUUUCCACGGCUGGAUAUCAACUGAUUUUGGAGAGGAAGGCAAGUGGUGUUGCCCAAUUCCGAAAACGCAGCAGCCCGGCUUUGUCGUAAGACAGGUCGUGGUGCAAACAAAAUUCCAAGACAAGAAGCCCUGGGUCGUGCAUAGCACAACGGAACUUGGCAUCGGAUGACGUUAGGUAUUGUGGUUGAGAUUGAGAGUCGGCGGGCGGGAAGGCAGGACCUGGAAAGAAAUUACAGCCUUGGGUUAUGAUAUCGAUCUGUAUAAUAGUGUAAUGGCGCGUUUGGGCGAUCGCUAAUGGUGUCAUGAAUCAAAGCGACAGUAACUUUUGAGGUUGUACUACCAAACCCUGUUUGCCAAGAUUGGGGGACCCGGUCAGUGGCUCUAGCCGUGACAGGAUGUGAGGAAUAAAGUGCGGCGCAUACUUGCAGCACCGCCUUAUUGCAACUGGCUUGCCUUUUUUUCUUCUUGAUAGUCAGUCAUAAUAUCCAUUCUUAG